AUGGAUUAUUUGUUCUGGAGAGUUCUACCGAACUUGGAGGAUCAUAUCUUUACGUGGAUCUUAUGGUAUAUUUGGAAAGGAAGAAACAAUAAGGUUUUCAGUAAUUUGGAUAUUGAGCCGAUAAGUAUACUUAAACUCGCGGAAACAGAAGCUAAGCUUUGGGCGGAUGCACAAUUGCUCGCUAUCCUGGUGGUAGAUCGCCCAAUUCCGAGUCUACCAUCAAUACCAGGUCGCUGGUGUUUGACAGAUGGUUCUUGGAAGGAGAACGAUGUGUUUUCUGGGCAAAGAUGGUAUAGUACUCUUCAAGGUUUUGCGGAUCUAAUGGGGGCUAGAAAUGUCAGAGCUUCCCUUUCCCCUCUUCAUUCUGAGGUGGAAGCAUUAAUUUAG